AUGGCAUACUUCAAUCCGAGCAAAGACAUUGAAGUAAUAACAGAUGGAUCCCCUGUGGGAGUCUCGGGAAUACUCACACAAGAAGGCAAGGUGGUGGCUUAUGCAUCUCGAUCUUUAACACAAGUGGAAACGAGGUACAGUCAGACAGAACGAGAAGCACUGGCUAUGGUAUGGUCAGGCGAACAUUUUGCGAUGUAUCUAAAGGGAGCACCAACAUUCACAUGCAUUACAGAUUGCAUGCCGUUAACUAAAAUUUGGGAAAAGAAACAACCACCAAGAAUCGAACGUUGGGGAUUGCGACUUCAACCGUUCAAAAUGAAAAUAGAGUAUAGGUCAGGGAAAGAUAAUCCCUCAGACUUUAUGUCCCGUCAUCCAUUAAAAUAUAUGGAAGAACGAAAUAUAGCAGAGGAAUACGUGUCAUUUGUCGCAGAACAAUCAUUACCAAAUGCAAUGACAAUAGAUGAGGUAAAAAUGGAAUCAUUGAAAGAUAAGACAAUGCAAAAGGCAGUCGAAUUUACAAAGAAUGGUAAAUGGUAUGAAUUGAAAACACUGAAUGACCUAGAAAUAGACAAAGAAGAAUUAUCAUCUUUUCGUAGUAUAAAGGACGAAUUGACUGUGUAUAAUGAAACAUUAUUGAUGAAAAAUGAUAAACUAGUGAUUCCAAAAUCACUCCGUGAAAAAGCAAUAAAACUAGGACAUGAAGGUCACCAAGGAAUUGUGAAAACAAAAAGUUACAUAAGAUCGAAAGUAUAUUUUCCAAACAUGAAUUCUGAAAUCGAAGCUGCAAUUCAAAAGUGUUUAGCAUGUCAAUCAAAUUCAAAUGAACAAAGACCGCGUGAACCUUUGAGAAUGAGUGAAGUGCCGUCAGGACCUUGGCUAAAUAUAAGCGCUGACUUUUGUGGUCCGUUAGAAAACAGGGACUAUUUACUUGUGGUAAUAGACGAGUAUUCGAGAUAUCCGAUAGUUGAAAUAAUAAAAAAUAUUUCAGCAAACACAGUUAUACCGGUGUUCGACAAGAUUGUAUCAAUGUUUGCUAUACCGAGAGUGAUAAAAACCGACAAUGGGUCUCCAUUUCAAAGUAAAGCAUUUGCUGACUUCAUGAAAUUUUACGGCAUAAUUCAUCGGAAAAUCACACCGAGAUUGCCAAGAGCAAAUGCCCAAGCAGAAUCCUUCAAUAGACCACUGAUGAAGAGUGUAAAAUCUUCAUUUAUUGAGGCGCGAAACUACAAACAAGGACUGUAUGAUUUCUUAAGACAAUACCGAGCGACACCACACGUAUCGACUGGUUAUACGCCAUUCAAGUUAAUGUUUGGUAGAGACGACUCGAAUGCCAAACAUCAGUCAUGGCUUUGGCUUUUGUUAUACUAA